AUGGCGAGCACGGGGCGGUCGAUGCUGCUGUCCCUGCUGCUCUUCGCAGUGACGCUGUCGCUGCUGGAGAUGUACAGAACCAAGUUCGCCUCGUCGGAGCUCAUGACCAUCGCCGGUGGAUUCGUCUGCUCCCUCCUCUUCCUGUUACUCCUCACCUUUAUUGGAAACUACCAAGAAGCUAGUGGAGAUAGAACUGGGUGGGGUGCAGUUGUUGUAGCACAACUUGUAGCUCUUACUGUAGCUGGCACUGUCCACCGCGUCUGUAUCACAACAUGCUUCCUGUUUUCCGCCGGGCUCCUUUACGAGGUUGACAAGCUCUCUGGCAUGAUCCUUGCGAGGAGUGAGUCUAAGGUGAGGCGGCACUAA